GGCUGCUGAUUGGCUCCGCUUUCAGCCCGUGUUGGCUGUGAAUGUGAAGCCGCCAAAACAUGACUGAUUCUCGGGGUGAGCAGUAGCAGAGGCCCGGAGCCACCAUGUGACACCGAGCUCGGGGAACCUGGCUUGCACACUAUGUCAACAAACACUCUGUUUUCUACCAAGAAAAGGGACCUCUCAAUGCUGUAUCGUGUUUAUGCUAACAUCUCCCCCGCAACAUCCCACAAUCCUUGUUAUGAUCAAGGCUGGGAUCCUCCAUCAAAACGUCACAGAUUAGCCAGUACUACCGAGGCCAAAGUCAUGGAAGACAUUUUUGGAGAUGGUGAAGACUUCACAGCUGAUGAUUUGGAGGAAAUUGACGUUUUAGCUACGCAGGCAUAUACACAGAAUAAAGAGGCAGCCGAUAACGACACAAAGCAAAUCCAAGGCAGUGUACUGACCAAUAACCCAUCAACAUCUACUUUUCAGCAGCUGAAAAGACCAGCACUACAGAGACGAGGAAGAGAUCACUUGAAUUCCCAUGGUGAUGCUAAUUCCCUUGGUGUAGAGGUAUUACAAUCUCCGCAUGAAGAUUUGAAGCAUAAGCUGAAGGCGUUACAUGAUGAAGUGCUGGUCAAGAAUGGGGAAAUUAAAGUUUUGCGAGAUGCCCUGCACCAGACAGAGUCCAACCUGGAGCAGCAAAAGACUGCCCAUGUAUUGCUGGAAAAAGAAAAGGCUAAGAUACAGUGUGAGAAGGAAAAAGAACUACUGAAGAAGAUUCAGUCUCUGCAAUCAGAACUGCAGUUUAAAGAUGCAGAGAUGAAUGAAUUGAAGUCAAAACUGCAGAGCUGUGAACGAAGAACUGUGGCGCCACACGUUAGCCCCAAGAAAAGCCCUUCUGGGGCAGUAAAGCUUGAUCUGUGUUCUUCGCCACAACCAGGGAAAUUCUGCUUUCCCACGAAGGAGUCUUUUAGGGCAAGUACCAGUCUGAAACCGCAUGUGCCUGUGUCUCCACAGCCCUCCUUUCUUCCAGCUAUUAAAUCAGAGCAUGAAGCAGCAGAUACCACAGCUAAGCAGGCAAAAAUAUUUUCCAGUUCAUGGUAUACGCAAAGGAUGAACAGUCACGGUUCAGUUCUGUUAAAUACUUUGAUGCAGCAGUCGGACCCGCUAGGUCUUCCCGGUCUGUGCCACCUUCUCAGCUGCAACUUGGAUGUUCUCCCAGGUUCACCUGUACACAGAGCCCACUCAAGCAACACUUCUGGUUCAUCCACUACCUUGUCUCCCAGUCGCUGCUUUGCCCUGAGAGAUUCCCAGAAAUUGGCCAUCACUGGACUGAAUUCAAUUGCAUUGGGUGAAGAAAUCAUACAGAAGAAAGAGACACAAAGCCAGAGUGUAUACCUCCAUCUCAACAAAAUGUCUCGAUUAGCAGGCGCUGUUCUCAUACUGCCUCUUGUGGAGUGUCAUAUUGCUGCCUACUGCCAGGCCCUGCAGUCCCUGGAGAAAUCGGGCGUGACUCUUUCUGAUAAGUCUCUUUCUUCCUCCUCCACUGACAGGAGUUUGAGCUCUAGUGUUGAGGAUACAGUCACCAGUCUUGCAGAACCUGCUCUGGCAUCACUUAGAAUCCUUUAUCACCUUGUUUUUUACAGUCUAGACGUGGUCGAGACCCUACUGAAGAAUACAUCAGAGGGAGGGAUCCCCUUGCCUCUCAUUACAGAGGCUGGGCAAGGGUCUAGUACAUUAAAACAUGGAGAGACAGACAAUGAUGAACAGAACCUGCAUCCUUUAUUUAAAAAACUAAUUUUGCUCUUGUCAUCUACUGUUGUGACAUACAAGAAGGAUAUUGUGCGAGAACAUGUCCUCCAAGUCCUGGUGAAAUUGGCAGAAAAUUCUCCUAAUGAAUUGUUGUGCAGUUUCCAGGUUUUAUUUACGUCUCCUGUGCUGCUCCAGUGCCUCUCUACAGAUGCUCCCCUCCCUGUGGCCCACAAAGCUGUUAGACUAUUAGCUCUCCUCGCUGAUCACCAUAGACUGGCGAGCCUCUUCUGUUCCUGCUCAGAAAGUUGUAUCCUGCUGGUCUUGUACACAUACAUCAUCUCAAGGCCGGACAGACAAGCAUCACAGACACUCUGGCCUCAGUUCCAGCAUGAGAUGGUGAGGUUCCUCAACAAGCUGAUUACCCAAGGAUGGAGCUCUUCUACGUCUGAGUCUGGAGUUACCUGUCAGUGUAACAGAGAGGUUGUGAAGGCACUGGUUCUCACCUUACACCAGGAAUGGCUCCGCGUGCGUCGUUUAACCCUACCUGCAACCACUCCAGAUCAAAAUAAGUCUGCACAACUUCUAAGAGAGACAUUGAUGCUGCUUCACAGCCUUUUCCAGAAGGACAAAAACUUCAGUGAACACUGUUUGGAGGUCCUUCACCAAUAUGACCAGGCUGUGCCGGGGGUCCGAGCCAUUUUCAGGAAAUAUAGCAUCUUGAAUGAGAGCGAAGAGUUUGCCCUGGAUGAAUUAUGCCCUCCUGAAGUCGAGACAGAGGAUGAGAACAUGGACUGCACAUGACUCCGGCUACACUCUACGCCUCUACACUUGGUUUAUUAAUGUGCACAAAUAAAUAGUUUUACACAUAUGGCAAUGAGAUCAUACACCAUUGUUUGGACAAAUGUACAAAACUUGCUUAAUUGUAUACCUUUUGGAACAACGUCUAUGAAUUUUUCCUAAGUACUGUAUGUUUUAAACAAAAAUAUCAAUUCAUAUUUAAAUAUAAAAGUAUUCUAAUCAAA